AUGGACACUACUGAUAAUAGCGCUGACGUUUUACGCUGUUUCGUCAGCGGAAUUGGUGGCACUUGUAAGAGCUUUUUAAUAAAAACCCUAAAGGUUUGGGUUAAGACGCAUUUAAACAAAAAAGUGGCAGUUAGUGCUCCAACAGGCAUAGCUGCCUUCAAUGUAAAUGGAUUGACAAUACAUAGACUAUUGCAGCUGCCUGUGGAACACAAGCAAACACCAAAGUACAAACCACUUUCUGAUGAAGUACUCCAGGUUUUGAGAUCAGAUUUGAAAGAAGUAGUGUUGUUUAUCAUAGACGAAGUGUCGAUGAUAUCCAAUGUUACUUUAACAUAUUAUAUUCAUUUACGUUUGUCUGAGAUAUUCGACACAAGUGACGAUCAGAACGGGUGGUUUGGAAAGAAACAUCUUGUAGUUUUCGGGGAUCUCUUACAACUUCCACCGGUAAGAGAAAAGUCACCUUUUGAAAAAUUGACAAAUACUGAAACUAACAAAUUGCUAGGUUCCCUCAGUAUGCCCAAUCUGUGGAUUGAACUGUUCACAUACGAUGAACUUACAAUUAACAUGCGGCAGAUUAAUGAUUCUGACUUUGUUGAUAUGCUAAAUAGAAUUAGAUUAGGUGUGACUACAAAAAAAGACCGCGAGUUACUCUCGACUAGAUUAUUAACUCUCAAGUCCGAUUCAAAUGAAAACAGAUUAACUGAAAUAAUUAAACACCUCUCGAAACUUCCUGAUGAUACCGUUUGCUUAUUGCCUACAAAAAAUAUGUGUCAACAAUUAAAUACUGCAAUGCUAAGAUCUCUCCCACAUCCUGAAAUAAAUCUUAUAGCUAUAGAUAGCAUUGAUUGUCCCAGGUACCUAACAAAAAGAGCUCGUGAAUGUAUAAAAAAAUAUGAAGACGAUGCUUCUAUGACUGCAGGUCUAGAAAAGAACAUAAUUAUAAAAAUAGGCGCAAAAGUCAUGUUAAGGCGAAACAUUGACGUGAGUCUCGGUUUAGUUAAUGGAUCUAUCAGUAUAGUGCGAAAAGUAAAGGUUGAUCCUGAAAAUUCAAAAAUAAUUAAGAGAAUAUAUAUCACAUUUAAUAAUGAACCUAAUGCAUACGAGCUUGGUCCGGUCAAAACUAAAUUUGAAAUUAUUAAUAGAGCUUAUGUUCAUCGCGAACAAUUUCCCAUAUGUAUAGCCUAUGCUAUAACUAUACAUAAAAGUCAGGGCCUAAGCCUAAGUAAUGCGCUGAUGGAUAUAGGUUCUGCAGUGUUCACAUCCGGUCAAGCUUACGUGGCACUUUCGAGAGUUACAAGUCUGGGCGGUUUACAUCUCAUUAAUGUCGACUUUGGAAGUAUUAAAGCGCAGGAAUCAUCAAUUUGUGAAUACAACAGAUUAAGAAGUAUUUACCGUCCAGACUUGUCAAAAAUUGAGACAUCAAAGCCUCCGAGAAAAGCCCAUAGAGACAGGGAGUGGGCUUUGAGAAAAACUGUGGCUGAAGCUCAAGAAGUAGUACCGGAAAAGAAAAAGAGGAAGACUACAUAUAAAAAUAAGAAAUAUCAUAAGACCUUUAACAAAAUUCGUUAG